AUGGACACUUUUGCCGCACUUAUUCCAGAUGCGGGGCCCGUGCUUGUUGCAGCAGUACCCACACGGCUGGCUCCGCAGUUCAAUGGUGCGUUGUCAAAGGGAACACAGGUGCUCGCCCUGGCUAUGGACUAUUCUGAGGUCGACGUGGUGCUCAAGCUCGCGCAGGUUUCGCGACCGCUCAGAGCAUUGGCUACUCACGAGAAUUUCUGGAGCCAGUACUUGGAUAAACUGGGUGUUGAUGUUUCAAAUCGCUCAAACCCAGAUAUUCUGGACACAACUACCGCAUUUAAUGUUCUAGAUGCAGGCUACUAUGAAUCGGCAUAUUCAACUGUACUGAGAAUAAUGAGGCUGGUGGGAAUCUACUACGAAAACUCGGAGUUAAUCACAAAAGAUUUUGCUAAUCCUGCCGACCAGGCACGUAUUAUCGUAUUGGCCAAAAAAUUGAGCUGUUUGGACGAGUGGGCUCCAGCGGACCAGCAACGCAAGCUUGAAAAUCUGUACAACACUGGCGAAACGCUGAAACAAAACGCCCUUGAUGAGUUCCAGGCCAAAGUUGACGCUGGCAAUCGGGCUGGUUUGACUCCCCUGGUCGAGCUGCUUGUGAUGUUACAUGCUGGCGACAAGCUUGUCAAGUUUUAUUUAUCGAAACUAGAGCUUCCUGAACCUGUUUCGCUGCUGGAAAUCGACGGUGUUUCGCUGCCUGCACUAGAACGCUUGCAGACGCGAGCUACCGAGGUCACAAAUUAUCUCAACUCUAAAGCCAAAGAGAUUGAUGAGAUUUUUGGUUCUAGAUUGCCGGUUUACCAGGGAGUUUUAGAAAAGGUUUUUGAAGAGAAUAUCAUGAUGCUUGUCAACAGUUUAUGCCAGGAGGAAAAAGAGACAGGACCAGAGGAAUACUUUGCGUUCGUGCCCCAGUGCUAUCACGUCCUGAACAAACAGAUUGAUCGACUGGAGCCGUGUCAAAACGUCGGCGGAGACGUCCAGAAUAAAGCUCGGAAGCUUUUGCAAACGUACAUGGAGGUUGAAAUCGAGACUUUUCUCGAUCAACAGAGCGAAAGCUUCCUUGAGCUGGCAAAUGGCAAAGUCAGCCAGUGGGCAACUAAAAUUGCAGAACAAGAACACAUAUACGAGCAGAUCACGUUGCAAAAUGUGCCAGGGUCUCAGGAAAAGUCGAAUUUUCUGCGGUCAUUUAAAAAGGUCUUGAUGAUUGGCGGUGAUGCCGAUACGAAACAAGAAAACAGCAUUACAGAGUUCGAGACGCAAGCAAAAGUAAUGGAUUCAAAACUCAAAGGUAUCGAGACGCUAUUUAGUCUUGAGCUGACUCUUAGCAUCAUUGCAGUGGCCAGAACAGCAAUCAGAAGAGCUCGCGAGUUCGCAAACUUGUCUGGCCCACUUGGCCAGAGUGCGAAAAAGCGCGCAGAAGAACUGUUUGUCGAUCUCGUGGGUAUCAUUGGUGACAAGCAUAUCUACCUUGGAUUUCAAAGUGCUCUGAAUACGCUAAACCAGUACGAUCCCAAAAAGUAUGGCCGACUUGUUGCCUCGGGUGAGGGCGGCGAUGAUAUUAUGACCGUCGAGCCAUUGGCGAUUUUUGCCGAGCUUGUGAAUAUCGGUGACCUGAUCCAGCAAACAAUCCAUAUGUUUUUUGAGCAAGAGCUCGCUGCUCCAAAGAUUGUCGACCGUCACGACUUUGUCGCACCAAGCGUGAAUACCAAGCGACGGUUCGAACAAAUGCUCGACAAGUGGGUUGCAGAUGGGCUGAGUCGCGGAAUCGAUGUACUGAUUGAGCAGAUUGAUUUUGUUUUAAUGACAGUACAACUGGCUUCAGACUACAACCCGCUUCCUGGUAGCCCGCCCGAAGUCGGGGCCACUGGCGCGGCCAAGCAAGUCAUUUCUCUUGUAAAAUCGCACGUAUACUUGCUGGUUGGAUCUACUGAAAAAUCGGUCUUGGAUGUCUUCCAGCAGGAGGUUGGACUGAGGCUGUAUCACUCGCUUUGCAAACAUAUCAAGCGUCAAACAAUAAGCCAAGAAGGUGCUAUUCGGCUGAUUUCAGAUAUGAACUAUUACUAUGAGUUUAUUCUUAGUCUGCGGCAGCGCCAGUUAUACCCGUACUAUGAGGCGCUGAAGCAAAUCUCACAACUGUUUCUGAUAGACAGCGCCGACGGUAGACAGAUUGGGGUUGCAAUCAGUGAUAUGUCACGCUUCAAAUGUGUAUUGAGCUCGGAUGAGCUUGUGGAAUUUGUUCGCCGUCGUCGUGAUUGGCCGGUUGUGAAGCCCAAAGUAGAACGGGUCCUCUACGGUUUCGGUGAGUGUAUCAUUAGCUAG